AUGUUAAUUAAAGUGGAAACCUCCAACUUCCAUCUUCCGGGGUCUCGAGACCCAACGAAGUGGAAUGGUCCGUUCACCUUCGCGCUGCUUGCAGAUCCGCAGUUGGGGCUCUUCAAGAACAACCACUCAUGGGAAGAAGAACUCCAGCAAGUUCAAGAUUGCAUUGCUGCAUCAGCAGCCUUACAACCGCAGCCUGCCUUCAUACUUGUAUUGGGUGAUCUAGUGCAUGCACCUGUUCCUGCACACAACUCAGGACCCAAUGCAGAAGCCAUUCGCACCGUUCGUGAUCAACAGGCCAGGGACCUCCAGAUGGUCUUAGACAAGCCCAGCGGAGAUGUUCCUGUGGCACAAUAA